AGGCAAACAUGGCGGAGGAGCAGAGAGCGGCCGGAGCCGCUGUGUCGGAGACUAAAUCUCCUCCUCCGCUGCUCGUGAGGUCCUCGAGUGUCAGCCUCUUUAGUGACUGCGUCCAGCAAGGGGUCCAGCAGCUGCUACCGCUCAAGUUCGACAAGAACAUUAAGCAGGCGUUUUACAACACGGGCGCGUUGAUAUUCGUGGCCAUCUCGUGCGGUGCCGCUGUGCUGGUUUACUUUAUCUUGGAGGCGUUCCUGCGGCCGCUGUUGUGGGCUGUGCUCUGUGGCACCUUCCUGCAUCCUUUCAAGACUACCCUUACUAACCUGGUGAGGAAAUGGCUGGGCAGCCUCCAGGAGUCCGGCACGCCCAUCGUCCUGGCCACCCUCAUGUUGCCCAUCUCGUUCAUCAAUCACGGCGUGGAGAUGUUGGGUAACCAGGUGCUGCUGAAGCGCAAACUGCUGCUGGUGUUGGCCAUCGGCGUUCCCGUCCUCUACCUCCUGUACUGCUUCAGCACCUGGGUGGGACUGCAGCUGUUACUCACUCACACAGGGCAGUUUAUCUCCUUAGCGCUCGAGUAUUUAAACACAUUGUGGGUAUGGACUCUUGUUGUUGGGUAUGUGUUGGCAGUUUCAUUUAAGUGGAAUACAAAAACGGAGCAUUUUCUGAAAACUAUCUCUGUUCCAGUUUGGACAGUGCUUCUCUUUUAUUUAGCAUCAAUUGCUGGCACUUGGCGUAUUCCAGUUUUUGUAGUGAUUGUCAUUCUUCUGGUAGUGGGAGCAGUUCAGGAGGAGAAAGGAAAUGAAACUGGUUUGGAGCUCCCUGCUCAUGUGAUUCAAAUCAUUGUACGCACUAUUAAUGUGGCAGUAUCCAUGACUGGAUUCAGCCGUUCUCAAGAGGAUCAACUGACAAAAGGGGUAUCAGGUUCAGUUGAAACUAGAGAGUCCAGUCCUCCAUCCUCCUCAUCGUCUGCCUCAUACACUCCGUUAGGAAUACCAAGACCUGAAAUAGUGUCUUUUAUGAAGAAGAAGAAAACAAGUGACAUCUAUUUUGUGAUGCUUGUCUGGGCUAUUGCUGUUGUGCAGAUUUGGCUGAACCUGUGGAUUCUUGAAUUGCUACCUGUGCCAGUAGCUGUUUGGGGUCUUAAGAAAUUGGUCCUACGUUUCGGAGUAAUGAACUUUGCAGAGAAGCAUAUCAGUAAACACUGGAAGACACUCUCCACCUUUGUUAAAGAAAGACAGGAUGCUUUGGCUCCAAGACCAAUCCGUGGACUAGGAAAAAUCAUAGUUAAGGCUGACAAUAAGCUAUGGCAUUGGCUUAAUAAGCAGAUUAUUUUUUGUCUGGAGAAAUCACUGGAUAAGUUGAUCAGCAUUUUUAUCAUCUUUUUAUUGGUUAUGGGAACGUUACUGCUGGCUUUAUUGCUUACAGCAAAGGUUCACGAGGAAAGCGUGCACAUGAUCAAAGUCACCAGUAGCUUGAUUAAUGAGACUGUUGCUAACCAUCCUGAAUGGGCAAACUGGCUUCCUGAGGCACAGGUCAUCCAGAAAGCACUAAAUUCUGCUGCUAACAAUGUGUACCAGUAUGGAAGAGAGUGGAUAACCCACAAGCUUCAUAAGAUGUUAGGAGACAAGAUGAACAAUACAGCAGUUAUAGAGAAACAAGUCUUGGAGCUAUGGGACAGAUUGUAUCAUAAUUGGUUUGUGAAGAAUGUAACUCAUUCUGGAAGACACAAAGGUCACAAAUUCACUAUCCAUCGCCAAAGUAGUUGGCUUGGAGACAUUUUGGACUGGCAGGAUGUUGCCUCUUUUAUUCAUGAAAACAUUGAAACUUUUCUUUCUAUAUUGGAGUCUCUCUGGAUUGUGAUGAGCCGAAAUGUGAGUUUGCUGUUCACAACUGCAACCACCUUAUUGACAGUUCUAUUCCACAGCGGUACAGCACUUCUCAACUUUGCUCUUUCACUGGUCAUUUUCUUAACUACACUGUUCUAUCUCCUAAGUUCCAAUGAUGAAUACUACAAGCCUGUGAAAUGGGUUAUCAGUCUGACACCCCUUUCCCAGCCAGGACCUUCCUCCAAUAUUGUGGGUCAGUCAGUUGAAGAAGCUAUACGCGGUGUGUUUGAUGCGUCCCUGAAGAUGGCUGCUUUCUAUGGGCUUUACACCUGGUUGACACACACUGUAUUUGGAAUCAACAUUGUCUUCAUUCCUUCAGCUCUAGCAGCCAUACUCGGAGCUGUCCCUUUUCUGGGAACUUACUGGGCUGCUAUGCCAGCAGUGAUAGACCUCUGGUUGACACAAGGAGAAAACUUUAUGGCGAUCCUCCUCCUCAUUUGCCACUUGCUACCAACGUACUUUGUGGAUACAGCUAUAUAUUCUGAUAUUUCAGGGGGUGGUCACCCGUAUCUCACUGGCUUAGCAGUGGCUGGAGGAGCUUACUACCUUGGACUAGAAGGUGCGAUAAUUGGACCCAUCCUAUUAUGCAUACUUGUAGUUGCCUCGAACAUAUACAGUGCUAUGUUAAUGAGUCCUUCGACUGCAUUACCAACUCCUUCACAGACUCCUUGGCCUUUGCAAAUACAUCGGCCUUUUGAGGAUAAUCCUGAGGAAGUAAAACCUGGUACUGAAUGACUGUAUACUUUCCCACAUUAGUCAGAGCGUGUUGGCUGAUUAUCUGCUGCUUCCUGCACUGAAUUCACAGUUGUGGCCUUCCUGUACUCUCCAAAGAUGAAUAUUGCAUUAGCUCAUGCUAUGUAGGAAAAUUACUUCUCACUCAUUUGGGUGAUUAAUGUAACUCCCAAGGAUACAGCCAACCAUUUGGGAGAUAGAGAAUUCAUUAUUCCUGAAUGUAAGAUAAAUUAUAAAUGAUCAACACAGCAGUUCCACACUUGACUACAAGAAAGUUUGAAGUGCUGUUUUUCUAAUCUUUUAAUGUAUGUUCUAAGGGUGUUUCAGAUAAUUUUCAUGGUCAUGGGCUGAUCUGAAACCGAAUUGCACAGCUGCUGAACCAGUGAAAAACCAAAUUGUAUGGCUUUGUUUUGCCGUUAAAUGCUCUGGCACAGUAAGGGAUUAGAGUAUUUUCAGGUGAUCUGAUUGGGUCUUGAAAACUUCACAGUUAAACUCUCUUCAAUCUCCACUGCCCCCAUUUGGAAACCAGAAAGUGUUCACAUUGGGCUAGGUGCAUCUGAGAUGCAAGUAUAAACUUAAUAUGGUGGAAUAACGACACCAUUUGAGCAUGGAAUUUACAAAACUAUGUUUUGUUUCUUUGAGGAUGUUUUAGUUUUCUCCUCUUGGUAUUCCCUCCUGGACCCUCAAGUGUCUUGUUAUUGUAGAUACCUAAGUUAACCCUGUGGCUGCUGUUCUUGAUUUGUUGGCAGAAAAUCAACCAGAUCUACUUGAUGAAAGCGCCUGAAUAUGCAUUAUCUUUUUAACUCUUAUCUGAGGUACACUUAUCAUCUAUUUGAAAUCACUGUAUUUAUGAUUAAUUCAAUAUGGAUGUAAAUCUAUAAUUUUUAUUAUUGCACAAUGUUGCCACAUAUGCAAGCUUGUGGCUCAUUUAGAACUACUGUUAUAUAUGCUUAUUGAAUGUUAUUACAAUUUUAUAGCAUAUAGAAUCUUUGCUUUCUUACUCCUGUGUCAGGCUGAAAAGCAAGUUCUCACAGAUGUCUAUAAUAAAUUGGACUAUAUCCAGAAUUUUCAAAGCGAGAUUGUGAACUAAACAGGCUGGUGCCGGCUUUUGUGUUCAAAGUGAAGACUUCAGGCAGUGGCAGCACCAUUAAGUAAAUGCAUGAAAAAAUUAAAUUAGCCACUAGACACAGAGAUUAGAAAUUCUGGAAGUUGUCCACCUCCAGAAGUCUAUUAGGACAAGGUUCCUAAAAUGUAGCCCAAAUUCCAGGAGGGCUCAUAUGAACAAUAGGAACUACUUGGGUUCUGACUGUACAGAGCCAGGAGCAUUUCAGCAUGUUUUCAUUGCUGCUCAACUUGGGGAUGAUUAACAGAGCGUUUGGGAUCUUGCCAUAACUGCUAAUCAGUACAAAAACAUAAUCUGGCUGUUACUUCAUUCUGCUACAUUGGAACUAGCAGUCAGUCUCUUACAUCUAUUAGCACUUGGAUGUGACACAACAGUAUCUCCAUCAAGCAUUUAUUUGACCAGUAUGCCUUGUUUGUAAUCUGUACUACCUCCUGUACACUGGGCAGCAUCUCCAAGCUUCCUGGGCAAAUCCAGAAUUCCACCAAUGUCAUUGCCAAGAUUGGCAUUGCAGGUAAUGGAGGAGCAGGUGUCAACACGUGGUAGAAUAAUCACUUGGUGCCCUACCCUGUUGGAAUUUCUAAGAGGCCAAAUAGGAGAGAGUACUGUUGGGAAGUAGUUAUGCCUGAAAUUCUUUGCCCCACACAAGCUGACUGGCAUUAAUGUCAUGUAAAACCAGUGCCAACUAUCUAGGUGCAUAACCUUAAAUAAAUUACAAGAUCUGUAGCAAUGAAUAUAUACAUUAAGACAUUUGAUCAGCCAUUAAAAUAAUUAAAUUGAAACCCAAUCCGAUUGCAACAAUACAAAAAAAUGGUCUAUGUAAGUUCUAGAUCUGUCUUCAAACAGUUUUUAAGUUAUAUUAAGAUUUGGGGAGAGAUGAACAUCGGAGGUUUGAUCCUUCUGUAAAAGUCGGUAAAGAAUUAUUUCCAUAAAUGUUGUGCAGAAUCAUCAAAUAUAUUCUAGUCCAUUUAAAAAAAUAGCAGUGUGAUUAUACAUAGGUAAAUGCUAAAUCUUCUUAUCACAAUAUCACAUUUUAAUAGAGGCAGAGAUCACAAAACAUUUGUAGAGAAAAUACAUUUCAUUUUCAAAGGAUUGAAAAGUGUGUUAUUUUAAAGCUGUCUUAUAAGAUUGAGAUAAAAAAAUCUUAUGGCAAAGAUUGGUGACUUUAAUUUGUUUUUGUUUACAAAUGCUAACAGAUAAAUGAAGUUACGCUUAUGCAAUGUGCAGUACAUCAUAGAAUAUGCUAUUUUUUUCUUCCUCAUGUUUAAUCUUCAGAGAUUAUACUUGGAAAAUAAUUUUCUAAGGUUUUAAGGCGAUGAACAUAAUCAUUUCAUAGUCCAAAACUUGUGUACUUUUUCAGCAAUUCCUCUUUGUCAAAGCUUUGCCUGGAGAAUACACCAGUUAAUAAAGAACAAAGAAAAUUACAGCACAGGAACAGGCCAUUCAGCCUUCAAGCCUGCGCCGAUCGAGAUCCUCUGUCUAAACCUGUCAUCUAUUUUCUAAGGGUCUGUAUCCCUUUGCUCCCUGCCCAUCCAUGUACCUGUCCAGAUACAUCUUAAAAGACACUAUCGUGUCUGCGCCUACCACCUCCGCUGGCAACGUGUUCCAGGCACCCAUCACCCUCUGCAUAAAGAACUUUCCUCGCAUAUCUCCCAUAAACUUUCCUCCUCACACUUUGAACUCAUGACCCCUAGUAAUUGAGUCCCCCACUUUGGGGGGGGGGAGAAGCUUUUUGCUAUCCAUCCUGUCUAUACCCCUCAUGAUUUUGUAGACCUCCAUCAGGUCCCCCCUCAAUCUCCAUCUUUCUAAUGAAAAUAUUCCUAAUCUACUCAACCUCUCUUCAUAGCUAGCAUCCUCCAUACCAGACAACAUCCUGAUGAACCUCCUCUGCACCCUCUCCAAAGCAUCCACAUCCUUUUGGUAAUAUGGUGACCAGAACUGUACACAAUACUCUAAAUGUGGCCAAACCAAAGUCUUAUACAAUUGUAACAUGACCUGCCAAUUCUUGUACUCAAUACCCUGUCCGAUGAAGGAAAUUGACAACUCUAUUGACCUGCGUUGCCACCUUCAGGGAACAAUGGACCUGAACACCCAGAUCUCUCUGUACAUCAGUUUUCCCCAGGACUUUUCCAUUUACUGUAUAGUUUGCUCUUGAAUUAGAUCUUCCAAAAUGCAUCACUUCACAUUUGCCCUAGCUUGAACUUUAUCUGCCCGACUCUCCAAUCUAUCUAUAUUCUGCUGUAAUCUCUGACAGUCCCCUUCACUACCUACUACUCCACCAAUCUUCGUGUCAUCUGCAAACUUGCUAAUCAGACCAGCUAUACCUUCCUCCAAACUAUUUACUUAUAUCACAAACAACAGUGGUCCCAGCACAGUUCCCUGUGGAACACCACUGGUCACAGGUCUCCAAUUUGAGAAAUCCCCAUCCACUACUACUCUUUGUCUCCUGUUGCGUAGCCAGUUUUUUUUAAUCCAUCUAGCUAGCACACCCUGGACUCCAUGUGACUAAUGAUAACUGAGUUUUGACUUGACUCGUUCAUUGGAUGUGGGGUUUGCUGGCUCGCCAGCAUUUAUUGUCGAUCCGUAGCAGUGUGGCGUCACGUAGGCCAAUCCAGGUAAAGGCAGCAUUUUCCUUCCUUUAUAAGACAAUUGUGUUUUUCUAAAAACCAACAAAGUUUUCAUGAUCAUGAUUAGACUAUAUUUUGUUUGGUGGGAUUUGAAACCGGGUCCUCAGAACAUUACCUGGGUCUCUGGUUCAAUAGGGCAAUGAUAAUACCACAAGGCUGUCACCUCCGUCUUGCUGAUUGAAACAGGUGCUGUGUGUGUUCAUGUUUUAUUUUGUCUACAAAGAAUCAGAUCUUGAGUGAGCUAUCAAUAGUAGCUUCCAGCAAUAAUGAGUAAAAUGGCAUAAGAAUUUGUGCUGCUGUGUUGCUGGGUUUGUAGGCUGUCCAUCCCAAAGACCUGAUGGAUUGUAUCAAGCAUCAUAUACCUUCAGCUGUUCACAAUUAGCAAUGUACUAACUGUACCCAAUCAACUCAUACUUGUAAAACUCAAAACAGUGUCCAAUAUUAAGCACAGUUCCACAAUUGAAUAUUUGCUGGAUAAUUUAUGCAAAGAAUUGUGCUGGCAACCAAUUUAGGAUUGUAGAUUGUUGCCUUAUCACAGAGAACAUGAACGCACACUGUGUAUAUUUCAACUCAGCAAGGGAGAAGUGAUGACCUAGUGGUAUUAUCAUUGGACUAUUAACUCAGGAACCCAGUAAGAGUACUGGGAAAAUUGUUUCAGUCAUUGAUGCAAAGACUGUACUUUGGGAAUCUGGUAUGAGGGAAACCAAAUUUGUACUGAUUCCAAAAUUCUAUUAGCACACUUAAUCAUGGAUGUUUGAUUUAGACAUUUAUCACAUUUACUAAUUUUGUUUCUUGUCUUCAUUUUACAACUCUGCUGCCUAAAAAUCAUUUGUUAAUUCAACUCCUACAAAUUUAGGUAUGCUUAAAUGGAGCAACUCAUUCGUUCAUAAAAUUACUCAAGUUCUCAGUGUUCAUACAGGUUCCCUUGGACACAUUGCAAGCGGCUGCAUCCAAUGCAAUAUAUAAGCUCCAGAAGUUGAUGAAUCCUGAUUAAAGAAUGCCAGUUGUGUCUAAAAGAAUUUUUUUUUUACAGUAUGCAGGUAACUUAUUUCUGCUUAAAAAAUUUACAUUGAUCCAAAGCUUCUAAUAUUUGCAAAAUUUUUGGACCUGAAAAUCUAGCAUUAUUUAUACAGUUUGUUUUUAUUGUAAAAUAAACAUCGAAUCGCAAAAUGUAAAGCAUGCCCAAUAAUUGCUCUUCAAUUGACUUUUUCCUCUGGCUUUCCGAGAUAUACGACUAAACAGAUACUUUGCAGAACAUUACAAUACACUGAAGUUUAGAUUUUAUUUUAAAAUAUUUGAACCACAUCUGAAUACAUUUCCCAUUUAAAACAUUUGGAUGAUGUAUAGCAGGUACAUUGAUGUGCUGGAGAAGUACCACUAGUGGUCCUUUUGCAAGAUCUACCAAAAGAAAGGCUGUUUCAACAGCAGCAGUCUCUCCCAGCUGAAAUUCCCAACAUUGAGGUAGUAAUCACACAAAACUAUCUCUGUUGGGCAGAACAUGUAAUUUUGUGUACCUGUUCCCAGACUCCCAAAGCAGCUACUCAGAACUCAAUUGCAUGAGAAAAUAAACAGGUGAAUUGUUGUAGGGCUGUCCUCAAAAAUCCAUGAAGAGGACAACUAUCUUGCCCACUCAUGGCAGUAUGCAGUCUGUCACCAACCAAAAUGAAGCAGAAUCUGUAGAAUGUGAAUUGGACUUCCAAACCAUCUCAGAAUGCAUUAAACUACCAUGGAAACAAGUCAUCUGAGGGACUGUUGAAGGAGAAGAGUUCUGAAGAAGGGUCAUUACCAGAUUCAACGUUAACUGUGUUACCCUCUGCACGGAUGCUGCCAGAUCUGCUGAAUUUUUUGCAGUGUUCUAUUUGCUUCAGAAUUUCAGUAUCCUUGGCAUUUGUCUUUACUACUGAAGAUGAUGUUUGCAAGUCUGUUGAUCACUAAACUGGUCAUUGGUACUAUAGUAUAUGACAAAAGAUUCAUAGUCAGGACUAAUGUCUCCCAGUCUCUAAUAAGAAGUACUUGUUAUUUUCACAAAAUAUAUUUUGCCAAUCCCAUCUUGAGAAAGUACCCAGUUUCUGUAAGUCGUGCAGAUUUCUAUAAGACAAUGCCGUUGAGGUCUGAGGUAUGAGUGCUGGCGAAAAUUAAGUCUGAUAACAACGCAAUAUACUUUUCAGUCAGUUUUCCUGCCCAUUUAAAAUUGUUUAAGAUACCCAUCCAAAUAAACUGGCUAUUGAUGGUUGCUAGGUACUAUUCCCCACGUGAAAACAAGUUUAUACAUUUAGAUCACAUGGGUAGCUCACAUGAAACUUUAUUUUAUUUUAUCCUAUUUCCAUUGUAAUUUCAACAAUGCCCUAAAAGCUCUGUUGGAAGGCACUGUACUAUAUAGUUCUGUUAAAUUUUAACUACUGUAGUGUUCUCAACAGUGUGUAAAUUCACCUUGCAAAAGGGCAGUGUUAGGAGGCUACAAAUGCAAGGUGUCAGGUGUGAUCAGAAACUGCCACUAAACUGCUCCAAAUAUCCUGCUCAGCCUUCUGUAAAGGUUAACUCUUGUCUCUUGGUCCAGGAAGCUGAAGAAGAAUAAAGCUUCUGCAGGGCAAGUUCCUAAAACUCUAAUGUAAAUGACUCCUCAAUUUGGAAUUGUACUUUUCUGCAUUAGUUUCAUUGUCUUUGUCCCAAUGUCCUCAACACACGUGACUUUACACGCAAUGUUUUCUGUCUUUGGUGUUAUGUUUGCAAAUCCAUCAACUGUACCACCUGUUUGCAACCUUUUCAAGAACACUCUGUACAAACAAUUUUAGUACUAGUAUACUUUUAAUAAGUAAAUAUUGUCUACAUGCUCCAAUUUUUUUCCAUCAUAGUCCUGAUAUCAAAUGAUGUAAUUCAAGAAGAACUAUGCAUUAUAUUCUGCCAGUCCUGCUGACUACUCUUUAUAUCCAGUUUUUAGUGUAAACUUGACAGGUCUUUUGUGAAGGAGCAAAAGGGGAAAACAGAAACUGCCACUAAACUGCUCCAAAUAUCCUGCUCAGCCUCCUUUAAAGGUUAGCUCUUGUCUCUUGGUCCAGGACACUUAGGUAGUUGAGAAAUUAUUUUGGAGUUUUCUGAUUGUAUCAAAUUAGUUUUGUUUCACAAAUUGAAAGGAUAAACUUGCAGAGAAUGUAGACAGAUUAGUAGAAAAUACUUGUUGCUAAUAAAUGGAAAUGUUAAUAUGGAAAUACAACAAUAUGGCAAACCUUCAAACAAUCAAUAGAGGAAGAUUUAAACUUUAGAAAUGAGGUACGUAGAUUUUUAAACUGAGUCCACGUGUGAAAAUAGAUCAUUGCAAAUACUAUUCUGGAUUUUAUGCAAGGGGCGACUAUACUGUUGCUUCUUCACUCAAAUGUCACCCUUAUUUUUAGUGCCAUAAAGUUUACAAUGAUUAAGACUGUGUUCCAAAACCACUGACUUGUUAAUACAUGAACCCUGAUGUCAAAACAUAAAACAUUGAAAUUGGUUUAGCUAACCAUGUAUCACAAGCACUUUUACGUCCAACGAAAUUAUCAUAGUUGAUAUUCUGUGGGGUUACUGGGCUAGCAAGACAAACUGAUAUGCCAUCCCUUAGAAAUUCUAGAAUUUGAACUUAUUUUGAAAUACCUGAAAAUGAAAACCUAGUAACAGUUUGACCAUGAAACUAUUGCCAAAAAAAUCCAAACUAGUUUGCUGAUGUCCUUUCAAUAAGGAAACCUUAAAAAAAGUCUUAAUGUCCUUUCCAUAAUAAUAUUGAGGUGAGAGUGCUGCACAGCAAUCUGAAGCAGGAGGGUGAACAGUCAGAGGUUGUGGUACAUAUUGGUAAAGAAAGAAUUGAAAUCUGAAGCAGGGAUUUAUAAAUUAAUGAGCAAGAUUACUAAAGUUAUAAUCUCUGAAAUGCUUUUCGUGCCAUCCGCUCCUAAGUAAUGUAGAAUGAAGAUGAUCAGAUAAACGUGAGACUAAAGGGAUGGUGUAGGAGAACGGCUUUGGUUUUUUGGAUCAUUGGAACACAUUCUGGGAGAGGUGGGACCUGUACACGCAGGUCAAGUUGCACCUGAACUGGAAUUUCCUUGCUGAGAGAUUUGCUUGUGCUCGUGGGGAGGUUUUAAACUGAUUUGGCAGGGGGAUGAGGCACAGACCAGAUAUACAGUCAGGAGCAAGGUCCAAUCAGAUAUAGAAGGAAUACUAGAAUAGUCCAGUAGGUGGAGAAGAUGUAGAUGGGAUAAUACAUAGGAAGUCCAGAAAGUUAAAUUGUAUCUAUUUUAAUGCAGAAAGCUUGAUUGCUAAGGCAGAUGAAGUUAGAGCAUUGAUUAGUAUGUGGAAAUAUGAUAUUGUUGCAAUCACUGAGAAAUGAUUGAAAAAAGGACAGGACUGGCAGCUCAACAUUCCAGAUAUAGAGAUUUCAAGAGGGAUGGGGGAGAUGGACGGUAAGAGAGGUGGGGGUGUUUCUUUAAUGACAAAGGAAACCCUCACUGCAGUAAUGAGGUUGGAUGUCAUAGAAGGGUCUUCAAAUGAGGCUAUCUGUGUAGACUUAGAAAUAAAAUUAUCUUGCUGGAAUUACACUACAGGCCUCCCAACAGAGAAAGAAAGAGGGGCAGAUAUGUAGAUAAAUCACAGAAAUGUGUGAGAGGAACAGUUAUAGGGCGUUUCAGCUUUCCUAACAUUAACUGGGAUCACCUUCGUGUGAAAGGGUUAGGCAGGAUGGAAUUUUUAAAGUGCAUCCCAGAGAGCUUUUUGGAGAUGGACCUACUAGAGAUGGGACAGUGCUAGACUUAAUCCUAGAGAAUGAAGCCAGUCAAGUGAUUGAAGUUUCAGUGGGCAAACAUUUUGGUGAUAGUGACCAUAAUUCAAUUUUUCAAAAUCAUUAUAGAAGGAAUUAAGGUAGAGCAGAAGUUGUGUUUAAAUUGGGGGAAGGCUUAUUUCAGUAUGUUAGACAAGAUCUGAAAAACAUGGACUGGGAGCAGCCACUUGCAGGUAACUCUAUGUUCAGAAAAUGGGAAUGUUUAAAAUGUAGUACAGUGAGAACUCGGGGACAGUGUGUUCCUCUGAAUGUGAAGGGCAAGGACAUUAGGACCAGAGACCCUGGAUGUUAAGGGAUUUUUGAGAGUUUGAUUUGUUUUGUAAAAGUGGAAGCAUAUGUCAGAUACAGUUCAUUUAAAAACAGGGAAGGCGGUCCAAAAGUAAAGGAGAUUGCUUAGUAAAUGAAAUUAGGAGGGGGCAAAGAAGAGACAAGAAAUAUCCUUGGCACAUGGGAUCAAGAAAAGUGUCAAAGCAUUUUAGGAGCAGAGGAAGUGCUGGGAUCUAUUAGAGACUGGAUCCAACCAGUAUGUGCAGCCCCUGGACGUUGGUGAACUCAAUUUAAUACUUCACAUCAGUAUUCAUGGACGAGAAAGAUAUUGUAGCCAGAGAUAGAAGUUGGGAUGUUGAGCUUUUAGAAAUAAUUAAGAUUAAUAAGGAGAAGGUAUGUAGAUGUUUUGGAAGACGUAAAGGUUCCUAAAUCGACAGGGCCUGACAAGAUGUAUCCCAGGCUGUUAUUGUGGGGUACAAAAGAGGAGAUUGAUUUGGCCCUGACAGAUAUAUUUAAUACUUUGCUGCCACAGGUAAAAUGCCAGAUGAUUAUGACUUUUUUCACCCAGAAAGGUUUGGAAUAUAGAGCAUGCUGCCUGAGAGAGUGGUGGAGGCAGAUAAUCUCAAUAUUUAAGAAGCACCUGGAUGAAUACUUAAAAUUCUGGGGCAUGAUAGGCUGUGGACCAAGUGCAGGUAAAUGGGAUUAGUGUAAUUUGGUGUUUGUUGGUUGGCAUAGACUUGGCUGGCUGAGGGCUUUUCUCCUUGCUGUAUGAAUCUUGACUUGUUGCUGUCUGAAAUAUCAAGACUAAGAAGAAAACCUGUUGAUUGCGAAUCAACCAUCUCUUGAUUGCCGACAUGACCUUAUAAUAUGACAGUCUGAUAUUUUUUUCUUUUGAACAUCUGACUUUGGUUCUGGUUGAGAUUUUUGUGCAGUGAAUAAAAGACCUGGAAAAUACCUACAAUGUUGCUUGCAUUCUUUGCAACUGCUAGAAAUAAAAAAACUUUUAAUUGUAUUAUUCAAAUCACCUGUUUCAUUUUAUUCUAAUGUACUAAAAGCUAAGAUUGCCUUUUUUGUUAAAUAAACAUACAUGUUGUUAAAUUAUGUUCGCAAUUCUGUUAAAUAUCCUUCAAAUAUGUACAUUCCAACUUUAUAGUGCUUAGUUGUAAUUAUCAAAAUUUGAUUCCAUCUACUAAAGUCACUAUGUAUCUCUUCCUGUCACUGGGGACAUUACAUGUAAUUGAAGUCAAUAGUAUUCAUUUUAGAAAUAUAAUUCUGGUUUUACCCAUUUUUCUCUGUGUAUCAUCUCACAGUAAGAAGGAUUGGAAAUGAAAACACCAUUAUUACUAUUGUACACUUGACAAAACUUUCAA